AUGACAAUUUUGGACGUUUGCCUGUUAUAUGGAGGUCACACAUCACUUAUACUAGUGAAUAAUACGUGCACGUAUGAUGAGUUGGUUAACCUUGUUAUUUCAGAAUUGGGGCUUAAUCAUGCAGAAGUAGGUGUGAGAUUAACAUAUUCUUUGGAUUCUAGUUUACCUCUAGUUCGGAUACUAAGUAAUAAUAAUGUCUUAACGUAUUUGAGGCUAAGAUCUUUGGAUGGCAUUGUAUCGAACUAUCCUAUUACAGUUGAUGUUAUCACUAUAGACUCAUGGCAGUCAACAGGUGCAUUGCAAUGCCCAGAGUCAUCAAUUACUACCUUUGAGUCAUCGGCUAAUGUGUUUUCUUUACAACAAAUAGCUCAGGAUAUAUGUGAUUCAGUUACUACAAUUGAGAACGGAAACAUUGAAGAAGAUGUGACAUUGAUAUCUCAAGCAAAUGUUAGAGAAGUAGUGGAGGGAAAUGUUUUCCGCAAUAAGGAAGUACUGAAAAUGAGUUUGGCCCUCUAUGCCAUACAAAACAAAUUUGAAUAUAAAGUGUUGAGAUCAGACAAAAAAGAGUACAAAUACACUUCCUCACAUACAAUAUACACUCCUAAUGAUAUCUCAAAUGACAUGUUGCACAAAUAUGGAGUAUCGAUGAACAUAGGGACAGUUACACGAAUAGAAACUGAUCAUUUAGAUAGAUUUAAAUAUUAUUUUAUGGCUUUGGGUGCAUCGAUUGCUAGUUGGAAAUAUUGUAGGCCAGUCAUUGUUGUUGAUGGUACAUAUUUAAAUGGUCACUACGGCGGUACACUCUUUACAGCUUGUACGCAAGAUGCAAACAAUAAUAUCUUUAUACUAGCUUUUGGGAUUGGGGAGAAUGAAAACGAUAAGUCCUGGAGAUGGUUUCUUGAGAUGUUGAAGAGGGCGUAUGGAUCUAGAGAUGGAUUAUGUAUAGUAUCUGAUAGACACAAUAGCAUAAGAAAUGCUAUUGAAUUUGUAUAUCCAGAGGCAAUGCAUGGGAUCUGUUCAUACCAUUUGCUGAAAAAUUUGAAGUCACAUUAUGCAAAAUCAGGUCACAAUGUCACAUAUGCAUUCAAUUCUGUUGUAAGAGAUUAUACAAUGGAUGAAUUUGAAUACCAAAUGCAGCAAUUGGACUCAAUAAAUGAAGAUAUCAGAGGAUAUUUGAGUUAA